AUGACCCUCCAUAGGCGAAUGGGUAAACAAACUGUGAGGCACUUGAUCUUUGGGGAGCCCAGGAGGCUCAUCACCAAAGAUCUGGUGCAGCAGAAGUACCUCGAGUACCGCCAGGUGCCCGACAGCGAUCCUCCCCGCUAUGAGUUCCUGUGGGGCCCGAAGGCCCACGCUGAAACCACCAAGAUGAAAGUGCUGGAGGUUGUGGCCAAGAUCAAUGGUACGGUCCCCAGGGCCUUCCCCAAGCUGUAUGAGGAGGCUCUGAAAGAUGAGCAGGAGAGAGCUGGGGUGAGAGCUGCAGUAAGGGCUGCAGCGCGUGCCAAGGCCCUUGCAUGUUCCAAGGCCAAGUCCUGCAGCUCCUCCCAGGUCUAGGGAAGCCGGGGCAGCUUGUUCACUUUGUGUUUAAGAGAUCAGCCAAGCGUCUAAGUAGUGCAUGGUAGUACGGGUCCAGGGGACAAAGUAUCAAUUUUAUUGUUUUGUUGUUGUUGUUGUUGUUGUACAUGAGUAAUUUGUAGGUCUUUUUUUAAUUGCUUUUUCAAAUGUUGCUUUUAAUUGAAAGUUUAUUUUGCUUCAGAGUCUAAGUUUAUUAAUAGCAUGUAUGUCACAUUUAUUAUUGUUCAGUGUUAAGAGUAUGUUAUUUGUAAACAAAUUGAAAAGCCGAUAUGAUUUUCCUUUUGCUACAGAACAAGGCAACAUGGCAUUGGAAUAGAAUUUUUUGCAGAAAUGUGAAAAAAUCCCACAGGAUAAUAUUUGGGAUCACAAAGUGCUGGAAUAAAAGUAAAGCUGGUUAAUUGUUACUUUGCCUUGUUUGUGCUUUUUGUAAAAUUAAAUAAUGUGCACCUAGAUUUGCUUAGGUUAUUCACUGUAUGAGCAAUUAUAACAUA